UCUGAAGGGACAGAUUGGGCAAGGCUGGGCGGGCACCGGGUUUCCCGCGUUGGAGGAGAAUCGCUCUUAAAGGGCCAGUCCACGAGCGUCCUUUUGUUCCCGGGUAGCAGGAAGGGGCAGGCCCAACAUUCGAAGUCUCCUUGUCUACUCUCCAGAACGGCAAUGAUUUCCCAGUUCUUCAUUCUGUCCUCCAAGGGGGACCCGCUCAUCUACAAGGACUUCCGUGGGGAUAGUGGCGGCCGGGAUGUGGCCGAGCUCUUCUACCGGAAGCUGACGGGACUGCCCGGAGACGAGUCCCCGGUUGUCAUGCACCACGAAGACCGUCAUUUUAUUCACAUCAGACACAGCGGCCUGUAUUUGGUGGCCACGACUUCAGAAAACAUUUCUCCCUUCAGUCUCCUAGAGCUGCUCUCUCGGUUAGCCACUCUCCUGGGCGACUACUGUGGCUCCCUGGGUGAGGGCACCAUCUCCCGAAAUGUGGCGCUUGUCUAUGAACUCCUGGAUGAAGUGCUGGACUAUGGCUACGUACAGACCACAUCCACAGAGAUGCUGAGGAACUUCAUCCAGACCGAGGCUGUGGUCAGCAAGCCCUUCAGCCUCUUUGACCUCAGCAGUGUUGGCUUGUUUGGGGCUGAGACACAACAGAGCAAAGUGGCCCCGAGCAGUGCAGCCAGCCGCCCCGUCCUGUCCAGCCGCUCUGACCAGAGCCAAAAGAAUGAAGUGUUUUUGGAUGUGGUCGAGAGACUAUCUGUGCUGAUAGCAUCUAAUGGCUCGCUGCUGAAGGUGGACGUGCAGGGAGAGAUCCGACUCAAGAGCUUUCUUCCCAGUGGCUCUGAGAUGCGCAUUGGCUUGACAGAAGAGUUUUGUGUGGGCAAGUCAGAACUGAGAGGUUAUGGGCCGGGAAUUCGGGUGGAUGAGGUUUCGUUUCACAGCUCGGUGCACCUUGAUGAGUUUGAGUCUCACCGAAUCCUCCACUUGCAGCCACCUCAGGGCGAGCUGACUGUGAUGCGGUACCAACUCUCAGAUGACCUCCCUUCCCCGCUCCCGUUCCGGCUCUUUCCCUCUGUGCAGUGGGACCGAGGUUCUGGCAGGCUCCAGGUUUAUCUGAAGUUGCGAUGUGACCUGCCCCCAAAGAGCCAGGCUCUCAACGUCAGGAUGCACCUUCCCCUACCUCGAGGGGUGCUCAGCCUAUCUCAGGAGCUGAGCAGCCCAGAACAGAAGGCAGAGCUGGGGGAUGGAGCCCUUCGCUGGGACCUGCCUCGGGUGCAAGGCGGCUCUCAGCUCUCAGGCCUUUUCCAGAUGGACGUCCCUGGCCUGCCUGGGCCUCCCAGUCAAGGGCACUCCACCUCAGCCCCUCCUCUGGGGCUAGGCCCGGCAAGCCUCUCCUUUGAACUUCCCCGGCACACGUGCUCUGGCCUCCAGGUUCGCUUCCUCAGACUGGCCUUCAGACCCUGCAGCAACGCCAAUCCCCACAAGUGGGUGCGACACCUGAGCCACAGUGAUGCCUAUGUCAUUCGGAUCUGAGGCUCCCCAAAUGAGGACAUAGGCAGCAAAGGCGGUGGUCCGUGGC